GCUGCAGCAGGUUUGGGAACACUAACAGGGUAUUUUCCCCAGUGUGCAGCUCAGCGAGUUUGGAUCUGGAAAUCAUGAGCCAGUGCCCCUUUGCGGGGAAGAAUUACCUAUUUAAUUUUAACAAGCUGUCUUUGGAAGAUGACAAUGAUGACAAAUCUCAAGAAGGAAUAAAUAAAGCCAGCAAAGGUGGGCUUAUCUAUGGAGAAUACCUACAACUGAACAAAAUAUUGAAUGCUCAAGAACUUGAGAGUGAGAAGAAAGGGAAAAAAAUCCACGAUGAGCAUCUUUUCAUUGUGACACAUCAAGCAUAUGAACUUUGGUUUAAGCAGAUUUUGUGGGAAAUGGACUCUGUGCGAGUGAUCUUUCAAAAUGGUCACGUAAGAGAUGAGAGGAACAUGCUGAAGGUUAUUACUCGAAUGAACAGAAUUUCACUGAUUCUGAAAUUACUUGUGGAACAGUUCUCAGUUUUGGAAACUAUGACUGCAUUGGACUUCUUUGAUUUCAGAUACCACCUAAGCCCAGCCUCAGGUUUUCAGAGCCUGCAGUUUCGCUUGCUAGAGAACAAGAUUGGUGUUCCCCAAAGUCUGAGAGUCCCUUAUAACAGAAGGCAUUACCGUGAUAACUUCAAGGGACAGGAUCAUGAACUACUGCUUCAAUCAGAGCAAGAACCAACACUACUGCAACUUGUGGAGGCAUGGCUGGAAAGAACUCCAGGACUUGAUGCAGAAGAAUUUGAUUUCUGGGGACAAUUUGAAGAGAAUGUUUUAAAAGGCCUAGAAGAGGAAUUUGCCUUGAUACAGGCCAAAGCAGAAUCAGAGGAGAAAGAUGACUUAUUGUCUGAAUUUCAAAAACAGAGAGAUGUACUACUUUCAUUAUUUGAUGAAAAACGCCAUGAACAUCUGCUCAGUAAAGGAGAGAGACGGCUGUCCUACAAAGCACUGAAGGGGGCCUUGAUGAUCUACUUCUACAGGGAGGAGCCUCGUUUCCAGGUUCCCUUUCAGCUUCUUACCUCCCUUAUGGAUCUUGAUGUGCUCAUGACUAAGUGGAGAUAUAACCACGUCUGUUUGGUGCACAGAAUGAUUGGCAGCAAGGCUGGCACUGGAGGCUCAUCAGGCUACCACUAUUUGCGCUCAACAGUGAGUGACAGGUACAAAGUGUUUGUGGAUUUGUUCAAUCUUUCAACAUUUCUAGUGCCAAGACACUGGAUACCAAAGAUGAACCCAAGCAUUCAUAAAUUCCUUUACACAGCAGAAUACUGUGACAGCUCCUACUUCAGCAGUGAUGACUCUGACUAGACUGCCUUUCUAGGCUGGUUGCUGUAAAGAACUUCCUGACUCUUUCACCUUGAGUGGUGCUCCCAGACAUUCCCACAAGGAGUGUGGGUGUGUAAAUAUGUAUUUAUGUAUGUCAGCUUUGUGAAUAGUACAAAUACCUUGUGGAAGAAAUUAAUUGCUUGUAGAAAAAAUAAAUCUGUAUUGAGUUAGCCAAUGUUAAGAGUAAAAUGAUACCCCCAAUUCAACCCAUGACCAAUUUAACUCUUAGUUGGUUUCUUAAAGCCUACACCUAGAGGAGAAAACUACAGUUAUUAUGAUCAUGACUUAUUUGUACAUAUUUUUGUAUUUUCUUGUUUGCCUAAUGGCUGUUACUAAUUUAUGUCUAGUUGAGG